AUGCGCGUCUCGUGUAGAGGCCACGGCACUGAUUGCGCCCAGCCGUGCAGAGCGCGGCCCCUGCCCCCCCUGCCCCCCACCCUGCACCACCAUGAGGCCGGUGUAGCAAACAUGCGGCGCGGCGUGCGCGCGGCGACACCCGCCUUGCUCUCUCCACUGCUGCAGCUGUCGCUCGCAGCAGCCGCGGUGGUGGUCGCGGUGGUCGCGGUGUCCGCGGUUGGGGCCUCGGAGCGAUGUCCUCGCGCUGCCGCGGAGGGUGGCUCCUCGCCGGCGGCGAAUCUAUCCGAGCGGCGGGCAGCGCGCGGGACGCCGCGGAGACGACGGUGUGACAGCCAGCAGAGCUGGUGGAACCCCUACUGGAUGCUUCCUGAAGACAUGAGUGGGGCUGAUUGUUUCUGGGAAUCGGCAAAAAGGUGUACGCGCGGAGGGAGCGUGGCCGAGGCGCUGCAGCUGGCGGUGGUGGCGUGCGGCGCUCGCCUCGAGGAGACCAUGGUCAUGCUCAAGUCCGCAGCGCUCUUCAGCCGUGCACGCCUGCACGCCCACAUCUUCGCAGAGGAUGAACUGCACGCCAGCUUUCGGGAGCAGCUGCUGGCGUGGCCGUUGCGGUAUCGGAGGAAGCUGUCAUUCUCGCUGUACCCAAUCACCUUCCCCGCCGACAACGCGGACGCCUGGAGGAAACUCUUUAAGCCCUGCGCCUCUCAACGCCUCUUCCUGCCUCUGCUGCUGCCCCACGUGGGCUGGCUGCUCUACGUGGACACGGACGUGCUCUUCCUGGCGCCUGUCGACGAGCUGUGGGCGCUGCGGCGCCGCUUCGGGGCCUGGCGCCUCGCGGGCCUCGCGCCCGAGCACGAGCUGCUGCAGAUCGGCUGGUACAACCGCUUCGGCCGCCACCCCUACCUGGGCCGCACGGGGGUCAACUCCGGGGUUAUGCUCAUGGAUCUGGCAGGCCUGCGCACCGCGCAGUUUAAGAAUGACAUGAGCGCCGUGCGGCUGGCCUGGGGCGAGAUGCUGCUGCCGCUCUACAACAAGUACCGGCUGAACAUCACGUGGGGUGACCAGGACCUGCUCAACAUCAUCUUCCACUACAACCCCGAGAUGGUGCACGUCUUCGAUUGCCGCUGGAACUUCCGUCCCGACCACUGCAUGUACGGCAGCAACUGCGGUGGCGCCGAGCGCGACGGCGUGGCCGUGCUGCACGGCAACCGCGGCGUGUACCACGACGGCAAGCAGCCGGCCUUCCGCGCCAUCUACCAGGCGCUGCUGCACUACCGACUUGGCAGCGGCGACCUCGAGUCCGAGCUGCUGGCGCCGGCGCGUGCCGCCAUGGGCGAGGCGGCGCACACGUACUGCGGCCGCGUGGCCCACGUGCUGCUGGGGCAGCUCGAGCGCAGCGCGGCAGCGGCGUCUGCGGAGCCGCAGUAGAGGACGGCGCGCGGACGUCGGUCACUACUCUCGCUCGCUCGCUCGCUCGCGUUCCGGGUUGUGCCUCGCGUUGUCCGAUGAUUCGCUCCACGAACUGGGAGCUUCUCUUCUGGAUGCUGGCUGCGAUUGAUGUGGGCCGGCCGACGUUACUACUCACUAGCUUCGUCAGCCGGUGCACACGGGCUCACCACUUGCGCGCAAAGUGGUGAGCCCAUAGCACACCUGGGCGAAACCACUCUGUAACAGUCUGCUGAACAGACAGGCUUACGUGCCCACUUACUGUGCUGCUGUAUGUGUGUGUGUGUGCGUGUCUGUGCGAGUGUGUCAACAACAUGCAGCACAACCCAAAAAUCACAAUCGGGAGCUAUAAAGCACAACCGCGAAAACCGACGUAGUGGUACUUGAUGACUACACGGACGUCUCACAGGAACACGCGUCCCCUUGGGCUGAAUGCACCACCGCAGAGAGGACCGCUGCUGUUUUCUAGAUACAUACCUCAGCUGUGCAUCACGUGCUGCCCGAUACACGUGGGAGGCUUGGUUCGAGUCACAGCCACGAGACUUGAGGGGCACCGCUGUAGCGCCCCCUAGUGGCGAUAGAGCCACACGGGGCCCCUCGCCCCGCCCACGCGGUGCAUGCUGGGAGCCGCUCUGUGUCAGUCUGCAACCCAGCGCAUGGAGGCGGGUGGGGGGGGUGAAACCCAGAGCUUGGAGUUCAGCAGCCACAUUUAUGUAUCUUCCAACUCAGUUUAUUUUCACGUGAAAUAAGUAUAACCCGUAAAAACAAAGUUUUUCACUAUAAAUCCUUUAUAUGCGUGGCGGCUAGAGUCCUCUCGUCCUCUGGCUUGAGAUGGCUGCCACCUAUGGGUCAGAUGAUUGUCUGCAGUAUUAAGCAAUUGGUAAUUAAAUAUUUAAUUUGUUUUCACGAACAUUAAUUGUCUCGCACAACGAGUCUGUGUGAAAAAUGUCAACUCGAUUGGAUCACGGGAAGUGGGUUAAAAAACGACCGAAAGAUUUGCACGGUCGUAAGCGCGCAAGCAAGCAAGCAAGUGAACUUAAUAUAAAGGAUUUAAAAAUGAGUGCAUCCCUCAACUGAAGCAUAUGGGUUGUGCCUGUUAGUGGCUCCAAGCCAAUGGUAGAAAUUCCACAUUACCACGGUAGAGGCUGGUAUCCAGAGGGGAAACCACUUGGCGUCCCCAACCUCAGGAGGGGUGGAUUGGUUAAAUCACUCCCCAGCCCUUCUGCAGGAAUUGAAUGUGUAAAUCCUGGAAGGGUGUGGGCGACUCAGGGUGUUAAUGUCUACAUUGUGAGAGGCGCGUUCUGACCACGGUGCCACUGGGUCAGAUCGUCGCAUCUUGACCAGCAACACUAACCUCUCGUGUAUCAAGACUGAAGUAUUUGAGCAAUAAAGCUUUCAAUUACUGUACAAGCGCUUGCCACAAAUGAAUCGCAACACCUUGCCGAUUUCGUCAGGGAAUAAACCA